AUGAAUCAUUUAAGAUUGGAUCUAUUCCUUAAAUUACCAGAUGAAGUGUUGGUUCUAAUCAUCAAAUACAUUAAUGAUAAUUCGAAAAUUGAGACGUUGAUUUCAAUCCCUAUUUUACAAAAAUAUGCUUUACCAGCAAGAUAUUCCAAAUAUCAACUUGAUCAAUUUAUGCACAUACCUUCUGAUGGAACAAUAAAACAUUUAAAAGAGUUAUAUGAGACGUACAAUUUCAAACCUUCUAGAAUAAUCAUUAAAGCAAGUAAAAUGCAUGAAUUAUUGAUAUCAGAAGAAGCACCUACGGACUCACAAAAGGAACUUGUUUUUGGAUUUGAAAAAAUGAAUCAAUAUCGUAAUGCUGAAUUUGAAAUAUUAGUAUCAGACCGUAUGGAUGUCAAAUUGGAACUGAUUUUAAAAGAGGUUAAUGUGGCGGGGGUUCAUUAUUCAGAAGGCUCUUCAUACAAUCUAAACGCUGAAAGUGUAUCAAAAAAAGUUCAGAUUUAUUUUCAAGCUAUUCAGUUCAGCAAUAUACAGAUCAUGUCAGCAAUUUAUGAGAGUAAUUAUCACGUUAAAUUUCCAACGUCUUUAAAGAAAUUGACAAUAGAUGCUCUUUGUCAAAAACAUUUUGAUACGAAUUUGAAUGAUUUAAAAUGUCUUGAAUAUUUUGAUUGCCAGCACAUCUCAGGAGUGGAAUCGUUGGAAGCUCUUCAAUUAUCUAAAACGAUUAAAUCCAUUAAACUUAGCUUUUGUGAUUUUAAAACUUUGGGAACCUUGAAGAACUACAAUUUUUUGAGGUGCUUAGUAAUUCAUUAUUGUCAUAGUUUAUUUGAUGUUAUCAAAAUUGUUUUCCCUCAAUCACUAGAAACUUUGGUAAUGGAUUAUUUUCACGUGAAAAACAAGAUCACUGAAUUGUUUGAUUCUGUGAAGCAAGGAAUAAACAAAGAAUUUGAAUUAUCAGACUUUUCGAGUGAUGGCCAGUCUUUGAUUUUUGGACCUAAAUUCAGACCUCCUUCGAAUGCAAAAAUUUUGAUAAUAAAUGGUAAGUCUAAUACACAUAUGUUUGAGUUGGGGACUAAACUUUGCUUGAGCGCCGUUCACACUUUGGUGCUUUGUGGAAUCAAAAACAUAGAUUUAAAUAUGCUUUUUGAUUCUUCACUAGAAAAUAUGAAAAAACUCGAAAUUCGCUGUUGUGAAAUAUCAACCGUUGAUAAGCGUUUAAAGUACCCUAACAUUCAGCAAUUUUAUUUUUCGUCCAACACAUUAUCAAAUCUUUUCCAAAUAAAUUUAAAGCAGUGGAUAAAUUUGAAUUACUUUGAAAUCGAGUGGAACACUUUGGUUCCACUCCUCAGUAAUGAUAAAGAGGAAUUGCUCGAUCCAUCUUGGUUUCUAUUAAACGAGGUCGAAGUUUCUAAAGGAAUUAGCGAGUAUACGAAUGAAAAGAGGAAAGCAUGUGCAGUAAUUAGAACAUUGCGAAUAGAUUUAUCUAGUAUUACACAUUUGAAAUUGACUAAUUUCGACGGAUUUUUAUUUGUUCAUUACUCAAACUAUUAUCCAAAUAAUCUUCCUUCUGAAAUUGAUAUUAAAGGCUGUACAACAUUAAGAGUUUUGACAUUAUCAGGGUUGAGCAUUCAAGUGUUGGAUUUGAACAAUUUCCCUUGUUCCUUACAAAAAGUAAAGAUCAUGAACUUGGAGUUACUACAAAUAAGAGGUAAAUUUAGUAGGCUAGAACAAUUAAUGUACUUGAACCUUGUUGAUAAUAAAAUCACAUAUUCAAUGUUGGUCACUCAAAAGUUUCCAUCAAAUUUAGAAACCCUAGAUUUAUCUGAAAACAAGAUUGAGGAUUUAACUUGCUUGGAAUUACAUAAUUGUACCAAACUAAAAAGCUUAGUUAUGGAAGAAGUUACAGAACUGGAGAAACCGAAUGGUGCAAAUGAAGUAAAAGAGUUUUUAAGAUCACUAGGCAUAGAACAAAUUAACUAUGCGAUUGUAACAACCUAUAAAUUUAAGAUUUUGUUCAGGAUUAAAGAUGGGAAGGAAGAUUUCGUCUAA